GUUGAUGAUUUGGAGCCUUCUGUUGUUUACAGCGCGAAAAACUGGCUUAAGAAUGGGAUCGCGGAAGAAUACAAUAACACCACCAGUUGCACUUCCAUCGCGGUAUACGGCACACUCGGCGAUACGACUUCGCCCGCUUCGUCCACGUACAUCAUCGACGACUUGGUGACAACCACCUUCACGGCACCGGAUUCAAUGCCCAUUACUUAUGGCCAAUUGCUCUACCAAUCGCCAUCGUUAGAAUAUGGAGAACACAGCUUGACUAUUCAAGCAGAAACGAACCCGACUACUUUCUUCAUC